CAGCACCGCAUGUGUUUGUCUCCCAGCAAGUGGAUUAUGAGGAGGUGUCUGCACGAAAUCCAAGUUAACAUCUUCUUUUUCUGACUGAGUGCUUUUCAGAGGACGCUUUUGAAAAUUUAAUCUGAACUUUGUGAGAAGAUGGAUAACAAGGAGGAAUCAAAGAGUUGUUCCGUCAGUGUGCUGACCUGGGAGCAGGUGAGCCGGCUGAAUGAAGUUCUGACGGAGGUUGUGCCCGUCCAUGGACGGGGGAACUUCCCCACCCUCGAGGUGCGGCUGAAGGACAUCGUGGCCCGGGUGCGCUCCCGCCUGGAGCUCAGGGGCAUCCGAGUGAAGGACGUCCGGCUCAACGGCUCCACAGCCAGCCACGUGCUGGUGCAGGAUGUUGGCUGGAGCUACAAGGACCUGGACGUUAUCUUCAGGGUGGACAUGCCGCACGAGUCAGAGUACAGGCUCAUUAAGGACGUGGUGCUGGGAACCCUGCUGGAAUUUCUGCCCGAGGGUGUAAACAAGGAGAAAAUCACACCCAUGACUCUCAAAGAGGCUUACGUGCAGAAGCUGGUGAAAGUCAACACAGAGCAGGACCGCUGGAGUCUGAUCUCCCUCUCCAACAACAACGGGCGCAAUGUGGAGCUGAAGUUUGUGGACUCGAUACGCCGGCAGUUUGAGUUCAGUGUGGACUCCUUUCAGAUCGUGCUGGACUCCAUGCUCUCCUACUACGAGCUGGCACAGACGCCCAUGUCUCAAGCUUUCCACCCCACAGUGAGCGGGGAGAGUGUGUACGGGGACUUCAGCCUGGCGCUGGGCCACCUGCGGGACAAACUCAUCGCCACCAAGCGGCCCGAGGAGAUCCGCGGCGGCGGCCUGCUGAAAUACUGCAAUCUGCUGGUGAGGGACUUCCGUCCUGCCAGCGAGGAGGAGUUCAAGGCCCUGGAGCGCUACAUGUGUUCCCGCUUCUUCAUUGACUUCCCUGACAUUGGUGAACAGCAGCGCAAGGUGGAGGCCUACCUGCAGAGCCACUUUGUGGGCGAGGAGAAGAGCAAGUACGACUACCUCAUGAUCCUGCGGCGCGUCGUCAACGAGAGCACGGUGUGCCUCAUGGGGCACGAGCGGAGGCAGACGCUGCACCUCAUCUCGCUGAUGGCCUUCAGAGUGCUGGCGGAGCAGAACGCUAUCCCUGACGCGUCCUGCGUCACCUGCUACUAUCAGCCGGCGCCCUACGUCCGAGACCACAACUUCAGCAACUACUAUGUGGCUAACCAGAACAUUCCAACAUGGCUGCCAUGUAACUGACAUAAAGUGGACGGACGUAAAAGAGGGAGACAAGAGAAGGACGUAAAAAAACUGAAAAAAAUAUAUUGAGGCAAUAAAUACAAAGUUCCUCUCAAGGCACAAUUAUAUUUAAGUGGACAGGUGUUUUGCUUUGUUUUUGGAAUACUUUCUCAUUCCUCAUCUUCAGAGUUGUCUAGGUCAUUGAAUAGAAAGUGAUAUUUUUAAGUGUUUAGACUUUCUUUUUUUCUUUUUUUCAUGUUUGGUUGUUUCCCCGUUUAUCAGAGUUGUGUUUUGUGCCUUAACCUCCAGAUGUACGCCCCAAUAAUUUAAGUAUUGGCUAUGUUUUUGAAAAAGGGAUGAAAAUAAUGUUAUAGCCUAAAAUGUAUUUUUCUCCUGUGAUUUAGUAAAAAAAAUAAUACAAAUGUGAAAGUCAGAAAAAAAUGUAAAAUAUUUAAAAAUAGUAUUAUUGGGGUAGGGGAUAUAUAAUAGGUGACGAGCCCCAAAAAAAGCAGAGCACCAGUGUUAUAAAUAUGUUUGAUUCACUGGGGAGGGGAAAGAAGGUGUUACACUAAUAACGUUGUUCACAUCAGAUAUGAAGAGGGAAGCGAGCGGAGUCCAUUUAUUUUUAAUUCAUUUAGACAUGUAAAUAUCUCUUGCAUACAUUUGUAGUCUCCCUGAUACGCCGACAGUGCCUGUGAUUUGUAAACAGUGCAGGAGAUGCAAAAAAAUAUUUUUAUUUUCCACUGUGAAUUUCAGUGUAGGACGAGCUCACUCCCCCCCCCCCCCCCCCGUAUCCAGUUUACUCAGACCUGUACUUUGCAGUCGAGACGGGAUCAGAGUGGGACAGCUUGGGCCUCAGAAAGAUGGCUCCUGUGUGUCUGAGGAGUUUAUGUUCCUCUGUGUUUUUAAGUCUCUUCCAAAGCCUCACCAGUGACCUCCAGAUGUCAGUCUUAUGGCCAUUGUGGGAAGCUCUGUGACGGGCUGCCUGGAGCGAGGCCGGCUGGGAGUCCCUUCCCUAAAAAGGAGCAGCACAUGGCGUCCCUCACAACCAUCGCAGGCUCGACCGCGGACCUGAAACGGGAUCCUCCUCUGACGCAGCUCACUGACUGGCUCUCAAACUAUAAUUAUCCUCUUUUUCUUUUUUCCCUGGGGGUGAUAUCUUCGGUGCCCUGCCACCUUACAUGUGUGGGGAGCUGAGUCACUUCCUGUCCUCUCUUUACCACGCAGUGUUUGAACCCCUUUUGUGGUCAUGGGAGCGCAGAGUGCAGCUGGUAUGUCGAGAGAGAAAUGCUCACGUCUGCCAGUGGGAUUCCUCUCCCCUUUGGGAGUUUGAGGAAUCCUGGAAGCUACUACCGGCCCCCCCUCCCUGAAAAAUGUGACGGAUGUGCAGGUCCUCAAAGUUAUGAAUUACUAUUUCUAGCCAAGCUUAUUAUAGACAUUUAAUUAUGUGCUCUUGCGGUGCGGCUAGCAGAUUAGCUUUAGCUGUAUGAGCUGUAACUCUCACAUGUGGUAUCUCCUCUUCACUUUCCUGAUAUAACAGCAUCCAGGCUUGAGAGAGGGAAAGUUGCUGUUCUUAUGUAAGAGACAGAAGCUGCCUUCCUGCUGCUCGUUCCACAGAUAACCAGCAGCGCCGCUUAUCUGGCUGGGGGCACGACUCCUGGCUGGUGAGAUGAAUUAUUGAGAGGGCGGUCAGCUCGCCCCCCCCCCGCGCAGGUCACAACCCGGGUCAGGACACGCUCUACUGCUGAACUUUGGUAGGUGACCUGCCAUAGUCUUUUUUUAACAACAAGUCAGGGGCCACACAUUGUCAGAGUUACAACCAGCAACUGCAGCGCUCAAGUGCCUUUUGGAGAGUGAUUUAGGUUCUUUUUAAGGAGGGAUUGUUCUCAGCCGUGUGCAAUGUGGACGAUCCACGACAACAUCUUUGAUUACAAGAGAUUACAUCCUAUCCCAGUCGGGAAAUUAAUUAUGGGUUGAGUUUUUGUUGUUUUAGUUUCAGUCCCAAACCAUUAUCUCCCUUGAAAGCCAUCCGUCUAGUCAUUCCUGUCAGUGUUUCUCUGUCUUUCCUACCAGUGUGGGCCUUGUUGCCGCUGGCAGCCAUGUUGACCUCAGUCGUGCCUGAAUGCCUUUUUUGAAAUCAAACUUUUUGAUUUUCCAAACGGGCAUUAUAUUUCUACACCCUGCCGAUCAAUUGUAGCUCCACCGGCCCUGAUGCAACUUGUCUUGUGUUCCUAUCCAAACCAGAGCAAUACCUGAAGUGCACUGAGCCAGACUUUUGGCCCAGCAGCUGGAGGUCCCCCAGCAGAGACCCUCACUGACAGAAGCACUUUAUCGAGGCCUUGUUUUACUCCAGCCACCGGAGAGGAAUGUAAAUAACCUAAUGUGGUGGAUUUGCUGGAGGGAGUUGAGCUGGUUCUCAGGGACAUAUCAUGUGUUUUUGAGGGCUUUGUUUUGUCCCUUUUUUUAUUUUGGAAGGGUGAAUAGGUUUCAUCUGCCUUACAUAUUGAGGCAUCCCCUUCUAACACUUCAUGUGUGUCUUCUUCUCUCUGUGAUAAUUGUGCCAGCAGGUUCUUAUUAGAGUAGAUCAUGUCUGAAAGUGGAGGUAGCAGACUUUAGCGUGCAGCGUUGGCUUUUGUUCUUAUCAUCUCUCAGCGGGUUGUCGCCUCUUUGUUUAGUGCCAACAGCUGGAUUCAUCACCACACUCUUAACAUAAUCUGUGACUUGUUUCAAAGCCAAAAAACAUUGAUUUGGUGCUUAAAAAAAACAAAAACGUUUUUGCUUCACGUAAUGUCAAUCAUUCCCCAGUUUGUUUAUCCCCUCUGAGAGAUGAUAGAUUAAAUCUUGGAGCCACAUGCGGCAGGUUAAAGUCUGUCUGAGCGACGAGUGGUCCCUUUUUGGGGGCUUUUUGUUGACAUCGCUCAGUCAAUCAGUUUGAGCGAUGUCAAAGAAAAUGCAACGUGCGUUUUCUAGACAAUCGAUGGUGAACGCAGCCUGGAAUGUAAAUACUUGUGCGUUUUUCUGAUGACUAAAAAAUGUGUGCCUGUUUAAUGAAAGCUUUACCUUCCCCCCCCCCUCCCCCCCCCCACACUAGAGGAGAGAGGGGGUGCAGCAGCUCACGUUGAAUAAUGUCCUUCAUCAGGGUGGAUGUGUCUGUGUGUGAACAGGACGAUGUGGAGAAAAAAAGAGGGUUGAUUAUUUCCCCCUUUUUUUUUGUCAGCACACAUUCUAUUUUCUGCUGUAAACUACGUGUGAAUCCUCUGCUUCUCUCACCCCCCCCUCGCCUCUGAUUGUCUCACUUGUUUGGGGCUUUGUUUAUUAGUACAGCGUUUAUUUAUUUAUGACGCCUGUAGAUGUGUUUUUUGCGCUGGGGGGUGCAGAGAAAGCGGAGGAUUGUAUUUGUAGUGGUUAUGUGUGUCUAAAGUCUUACACCAUAGGAAUGUGAUGGAGACUUUCUUACACUUCCUUUAUGAGGUGUUGUGAAUAUUACUGCAGCAGAUUUGUGUUUACGUUAAUGCGUGGAGCUGUGUGUAUGUGUGUGUGCUUGUCUGCAUGUGUGUAUGAAGAAGUAGCUAUAAAAGUUUAAAAAAAAAAAAAAGUGGGAAGACAUCUGAAAUUUUUCGCACUAUAUAUAUAUUUUUGAAAUAGUUAAUGCAAAAGAGCUUUUGUCAGCUUCGUGAUUGUGACGACGAGUUGAUGGUUACAACCAUUAUACUAUUUCAUUUUUCAGGACUUUUACCUCACUUGAGUUUUUCCUUUUGAAUGGAAAUGUACAUCAGGAAAUGUGUUUGAAGAGGAAAUGAUGAAUAAAAGAGUAUUAAAUGCAA